CAAAGCACAAAACUGUGGUGUAAACUGUGUAAAUAGUACAAAACUGUGAUGUACGCCAGUGUGUUACGUGGCACAUUUCAGAGAAGAAUGUGUGAACACUAAUGCUCGUCUAAAGAUUAAUGCUAUGUUAUAAGCCCACUUCCCUUGAACACUCAGCAAUUUCACUCAUUCAAUUGCAGUGCGUGAUUCUUAGAAAGGUAACUAUAUGCAUUUCUUGAUACUGCGAGGCUAAUUGUGGUUAGGUUUCUUUCUUUUAACUACAAAACAAGGGUAAGCAGUAUCUAACAACCGCUAGGAGGCGCUUAAAUACUUUGCAGGUGCGUGCCACAAACACGCGGAGGCAAAAGAAGAAGAGGAGGACUGAGCGACGCGUGUUCGCGAAGACGGUCACCGCCGCCGCCUGUUACGCUAACCGUGAAUUUGACAUUUAGCAAGAAUCCAACGCACGAGGAAUCACCACGGCGGCGCAACAACCCGAGCCUCCCAUGGCAGCCAGUGAUCUAGCGAGCGUCGCCGCGACGAAUACCGUCGACUCUGCGGCGGCGCCGCAGCGGGGCGCCACCGGCAAGGACCGACGCCGCAACAAAGCCAGCGCCGCAGAGGCAGGCAAGCGGCGACCGAAGGCCAAGCAGCGGGUCGGCAGGCGACGCUCGCUGGCGGGCGCCGAGUCGAAGGAGUGCAUGCCGCCGGAGCCGCUAUUGACGAGGCAGAGCGACGGGCGCGACGACGCGUUGACCACCGCCGGGCUGUCGUCGUGCUCGCUGCCGAAGCCUCUCCUCGAGGCCGCCUCAGGCUCGUCGCAGCAAGUCACGAAGCCACCGGAGACACCCGCACCGGAGACAGCCGCAUUUUCCGUCUCUCCGGCCUCUCCAAUGUCGCCUCCAAUCUUUCCCGAGUGCUUCGCCAUCAUCCCAGCUGUCCGAGGCGAGGAGACGCCGCUGGAAGACGAUCAACAGGGUCGCCCCUCGAGGCAUCGCAGCGGCGUGGAAUCUUCCCUCUACCCGGCAGUGAUCGGGCCUGGCGCGACGCACGGCGCCAGACGAGGCAGACCCGCAGACCGGAGACGAAGCUCCUUCGGACUCCGACGGAAACAGGAGCCCUGGAUCCACGACCACCCCGGCAUGACCGCCGUCGUGGUGGCGGCGUGCUGCCUCCUGCUGCUGGCCGUGCUCGUCAUCGUCGCCGUUCGGAACAGCCAACAAGAGCGGCCCAGGGUUGGCACUUGCGAGACACCGGGUUGCCGCAAGCACGGCUACAACCUGGCGCUGACCAUGGACAUGAGCGCCUCCCCGUGCGACGACUUCUAUGCGCACGCGUGCGGGAAGUGGAGUCGCCUCUACGGGAAGCACAUCAUCGACGAGAUACGAAUGCACGCCCAGCGCGUCACCUACGACGAACUGAAGGAUACCAGCUGCGUGGCGGGGUCUGCGGCAGCCUUCUUCGCCAGUUGCGUGGAUCCCAAGGGCAAGCACACGGACGCGGCAGUGGCCCGCUUCGCGGCUUGGAAGCGCGAGCUGGGACUGCUCUGGCCCGAGCAUCGCCAGACGGCGACGGCGCACCCGCUCGACGUGCUGCUGUGCCUGGCCCUGCGCUGGAACGUGAGCCCGCUAUUCACGGUGCGCAUCAGGGUCGAGCAGCGCAGGCCAGGCUGCACCAUCUUCCUCGACAGGGGCACGCUGAACGAGCGCCACAGGCUCCAGAGGCGCAGCCAGCGCACGAUCACCUUCGAGCAAAUAGUGGCCGACCAUUGCAGGUAUACAUGGCGUCGCCACGUCCGCAGACUUGCAAUAGCGAGCUACGAAUCAUGCAGAGGCAAAGAAAGGAGUCGAACAAUCAAGACGCUAUGCUUCCAACGCGCGUUUGUUGACAAUUUAACGCGAGUGCUAAGAGCUAGCUGACGCAAUAAACAAUUGUGAACACGA